GAGAGUGAGAGUCAAAUUUCCCAAAUUUAAAAAUAAACCAAACAAAAAAAAAUCUCCCUUUUUGCUUUAUUAUAUCCAAUCCUCUCAAUCUCCACUCCCUCUCCUUCCUCUCCCGGUCGAGCUUCGGAUUCUCCUCAUCCAUGGCUCGCAACAGGGAAGCUGUGGUUUUGCUGCUUGAUGUUGGCCCAUCAAUGCAUGGUGUUCUUCAGGAGGUCGAAAAGGUCUGCUCGAUGCUCGUGCAGAAGAAGCUAAUCUACGGCAAGAGUGACGAAGUUGCGGUUGUUGUAUUUGGAACUGGAGAAACUAACAAUGAGCUCCAAAAGGAAGUGGGUGGAUAUGAGCAUGUGGUGGUUUUGCGUAAAAUUAAAGUUGUCGAUGGGGAGGCAAUUGACACUUUACAAAACCUUCCAAGAGGAACUGUUCCUGGUGAUUGUAUCCGCAUAAUAUAAUUUUGUUUUCUUUUGUGCAACAUACUUCUAUUUAAUCGGGUCUUUGCUUCUUUUCU